CAUAUUCAUAUGACAGCCAGCUUUAAUUUUGGAACGACUUCUCCUUCCGCUCUGUGGCUCACCAGUCAGAAGGAUACCGCAAUUCAGAUCUCAUGGCAGAUUCCCCAGAGAAAGAGAUUGUCCCGGAGGAGCAGCCUCAACCGCCGGCGCUCGAAGCGGAUGUAAACGACAACGAUUCAGCCUUGGGGGAUGAAGGGGAUUUGACGUCGACAGCGUCGCUAACUUCGAGUAUUUAUCACUACAGGCAAGAAAAUGGACGAACCUACAACAGUUUUGGUGAUGCUUACAUUUUACCGAAUGACGAGGCAGAACUCGACCGUCUAGACCUCCAACACCACCUGAUGAAGUUGACGUUCGGAGACCGAUUAACCACGGUAAAUUUCGAGGAAGGUAAAGAACUCCAACGAGUCUUGGAUGUGGGAACGGGCACUGGCAUCUGGGCCAUUGAAUUUGCCGACCUCCAUCCCGAAGCUCUAAUUACAGGGGUCGACCUGAGCCCUACGCAGCCUCCUUUUGUCCCACCCAACGUCAGUUUCGAGAUUGUCGAUAUUACGAAGCCGUGGUCUUUCUCAUACACGUUUGACUUUAUUUUUGCGCGCAUGAUGACUGGCGCUUUUGGCGAUUGGAAAGCCUUCAUUCAAGAAACUUACGACAAUCUUAACCCCGGUGGAGUGAUCGAAAUCCAGGAUGUCCAUUUUGAUGUCGGGUCCAGUGACGGCAGUCUUCCUGAGGAUUCAGCUCUAAGAAUGUGGUCCAAAUAUAUGCUCGAAGCAAGUCGAACCCUUGGAGUACCUCUUGACAGCGUGCUCAGCGUUAAAGCACAGCUCAUUGAAGCCGGAUUCGAAGAUGUCCAACAAACAGUCCAGCUCUGGCCGAUGACAUGGUGGCCCAAAGAUCCCCGGCACAAGAAGAUCGGCCUGUGGACUUAUCACAACAUGUCGGGCAAUCUUCUUGGAAUCAGCGUGGCGUUCUUUACGCGAGGCCUCGGGUGGACGGUGGAGGAACUCGAAGUCUUCCUUGCUAAGGUCAGAACCGAUAUGAAGAACACUCAGUUUCACGCAGUUUGGCCCAUAUAUGCUGUCAGUGGAAGGAAACCCAAAGCCUAGUAACGACUUUUGCCUUAGGAGUGGGGGUAAUGCUUUUGUAGGUUUGGAGGGGCAACUCAGAGCAAUGUCAUGCACAAACUACCUACUCAAUGAUCACUGAAACAAAUCCCAAUCUGGACCUCUCUAG